GUUGUUUUACUUAGUGAGAUCUGGUGGCUUUUACGACCACGAAGAUGGCGCUAGUGAAGAGUUGUGGAUUAUAAUGAGUUUAUUGGGCUUUAAAUCAAAUUUGCAGUGCCUAAGUUUUUACUUCAAAAGCUACUGCUGGAAAACGUUAUCCCAACGCAACACAUACCUUCCAUAAAAUCUCAAUGUUCUGUUGCAGGAGUGAAGAAUAUAAAGAGCAAAACCGCAUUAAUAAGGAGAUUGAGAAGCAGUUGAAACGUGACAAAAAGGAUGCACGUCGAGAACUUAAACUUCUCCUCCUAGGUACCGGUGAGUCUGGAAAAAGUACCUUCAUUAAACAAAUGCGGAUUAUCCAUGGUGCUGGUUAUUCGGAUGACGAGAGACGAACUUUCAUCAAAAUUGUCUAUCAAAAUAUCUACAUGGCUAUGUUUACAAUGAUUCGUGCUGUAGAAAGCCUGAAAAUUCCGUAUGAAAACCCAGCAAACAAGUCGUAUGCCGAAGCAAUUCGUGAGAUCGAUUAUGAAACUGUCACCACUAUGGAAUCUCAGCAUGUUGUAGCCAUUAAAUCAUUAUGGGAUGAUCCUGGAAUAAAGGAGUGUUAUGAUCGUCGUCGUGAAUACCAAUUGACAGAUUCAGCUAAAUACUAUCUGGACAAUCUUGAUCGAAUCUCCCAACCAGACUAUUUACCGACUCUACAGGAUAUCCUUAGAGUUCGAGUCCCUACUACAGGUAUUGUAGAGUACUUAUUUGAUUUGGAUUCGAUUAUAUUCCGAAUGGUUGAUGUCGGUGGUCAACGCUCUGAGCGUAGAAAAUGGAUCCACUGUUUUGAAAGUGUUACAUCAAUUAUGUUUCUAGUCGCCUUGUCAGAGUAUGAUCAAGUUUUAGUGGAAUCUGAUAAUGAGAAUCGUAUGGAAGAAAGUAAAGCUCUUUUCAGAACAAUCAUUACUUAUCCAUGGUUUCAAGAAUCAUCUGUUAUAUUGUUUUUGAAUAAGAAAGAUCUGUUGGAAGAGAAAGUUCUUUACUCUCAUUUAGUUGAUUAUUUCCCAGAAUAUGAUGGUCCUCAACGUGAUGCUGAAGCUGCACGUGAUUUCAUUUUAAAAAUGUUUGUUGAAUUGAAUCCAGAUCCUGAAAAGAUAAUCUACUCACAUUUCACAUGUGCUACAGAUACAGAGAAUAUCCGAUUUGUAUUUGCUGCUGUAAAGGAUACAAUACUUCAGUUAAAUUUGAAAGAAUAUAAUCUUGUCUAAUGCUUAAAAUUUAAAGGUUAUACGUGUUAUAUGUGUGUGUAUGCAUCAAUCAAUCAAUUUUUAUGAUGCGCAUUUUCAACGUCUGAAAUCCACUUGGUCUUCAAGAUCCAGCAAACAACGACAACAGUCUUUUCAAAAUAAUCUCUCGCUCUCCCUGUCUCUCUCUCUGUAUGUGUCUCUGCUAGCCACUUGAGUCUGCGUGUGUGUGUGUGUGUUUGUGCAACGAAUUCUUCCUUGAAAUAAUAAUUCUUUUUGGUUGUUUUUCUAUAGAGACAAAAAGUAUAUCAUCAAUGUUUUCAAAUAUUAUACUUAUACACAACAGCAGUGCGCCGCCGCCAGUUUGCCUUUCUUGCACUUUCUUUGUCUCUCUCGACAUCAUUCAAUAUAUGUGUGCUCUACACAACAACACACCCACGCACGCACGAACACACACACACACUAAUACCCUCGUACACUCACGUUUUGAUUGCUUAUCGCGCUUCUCUACACUUUAACUAGUAUUAUUACUAUUAUUAUUGUUUUCCAUUGGGUUUCCUUUCGACUCCAGCCCCCUCGCCCAUGUCUGCCUACCAAGCCAGCCAGCCAGCCUACACAGUAACAACAACGAUUGCCAGUAUGCCAAAUAUGCCAAGUACUCUCUCUCUCUCUCGCAGUAAAGUGAUGCUAAAAUUAUAUAUACGCAAACAUACAUACAUAUACAUAUAAUAAUAUGAAGUUCUAUAUAUACACCUAUAGGUUUGUUUAAUAUGUUCGCUCUUUGUUGAUGGUUUUCCUUCGCAAAUAUUUCUUUUGAUUAUUCACACAUUGAAUAUAUGUGUACAUCAUCUGAGUAAUUUAGUGAUGUUUGGAUUGUUUCCAUCAGUAGUUGUGUAGCAAGGAGGUGUGUGUGUAAUAGUACCACUACCGGUAGUAGAGAGUGUGUGAGUGAGUGACAAGUCUUUUCAGUCUGGUUGGUGGCACUAUUGUUGUUGCCCCUAGUAUAUAUAUAUAUAUAUAUAUAUA